UACCCGGAAAUAAGCGUCUGCUGCAACAACUGCAACAACAUCUAUAAUUUACCAAUUUCUGAGCGUUUUUGUAAAGCUAAAUCAUAUAUUUAUCUUAUAAUUCGACUAUAAAGUACUGACUCUAAAUGUACAGCGGACUCUUGCCAAAUGGUUUAACCGAAGACGACCUCAGUCCAGAUGACGAGGAGGAUAAUGUUGAGGAGAAGAGGGAGGGAGAGAAGUGUGACAGCUUUGCAGGGGAAAACACAGUCUCAGUGGUGGAGGCACAGUCCACUCACACUGCCAGUGAUGUAGACAGUGAUUCCCCGACAUGCAGUAUGCCUGGUAUAUCCCAGGAAAUGUGGCAAAAAUUCCAGGAUCUACGGAAGAAGAAAGAUGAAAUGCCAACAAUGAAGGUCCCCAGAAGAAAGAAAAGAAGACGACACAAGAAAGGUGUCAGUGCAGGAACAGAGAGUGAGGAACCGACAGAGACAAGCAGAGAGCGUCAGGAGGAGCGGGAGAAGCACUGGGAUGAGCUUAAACAGCAUUUUGGUGUAAAUGAUCGAUUUCAUCCCCCUGCAUGUUCCAAACCCCCUCCGAAGUCCGGCCUAGAAAAGAGCAUAGAGAGGGCCAUAGCUGAAGGGGACAUUGCAAAGGCGGAGGAGAUGAGCGACAGACUCGCCACUCGAGAGCUGGCUGUGAAAAUCGCUCAAGCCGCUGAUUGCCGUGACUAUGUGCAACGCAAACAGGAAGAGGAAGCUUUGAGGGCAGCGCAGAAAAGGAAGAACCAAAUAGCCUGGGGGUUUGAGGCUAAAAGACGAUGGGAAACCAAGAGCAACAUGGGCUUCAUGUGACAAAACGCAGAGGAGCGACUGUUAUUUUUUAUUAAGUUAAUUUGAUAAAAGUCGUGUUUUUUAUG